GACGAUGGCCCUGCCCGCCCUGAGCUAGAGCCCACCCCUCGGCGCCUGCCUGUCCCCCGCUGGCAGGAUGCGACUGUGGAAGGCAGUGGUGGUCACCCUGGCCUUCAUGAGCAUGGACGUUGGCGUGACCACGGCCAUCUACGUCCUCAGCCACCUGGACCGCAGCCUGCUGGAGGACAUCCGUGACUUCAAUGUCUUUGACUCUGUGCUGGACCUCUGGGCAGCCUGCCUCUACCGCAGCUGUCUGCUGCUGGGGGCCACCAUCGGCGUGGCCAAGAACAGCGCCCUGGGCCCCCAGCGGCUGCGGGCCUCAUGGCCGGUCAUCACCCUCGUGUGCCUCGGUGUGGGCAUCUACACCAUGGUCAAGCUGCUGCUCUUCUCCGAGGUGCGCAGGCCCAUCCAGGACCCGUGGUUCUGGGCCCUCUUCGUGUGGACCUACGUCUCCCUCGCCGCCUCCUUCCUGCUCUGGUGGCUGCUGUCCACGGUGCGGCCGGACGCCGAGGCCCCAGAGCCAGGGGCGGGCGUGGGGGCUGAGGCCGAGGGCUUGGCCGAGCAGGCGUCUGGGGCCACGCUGCAGAAGCUGCUGUCCUACACCAAGCCCGACAUGGCCUUCCUCGUGGCUGCCUCCUUCUUCCUCAUUGUGGCGGCACUAGGUGAGACCUUCCUGCCAUACUACACGGGCCGGGCCAUUGACGGCAUCGUCAUCCAGAAGAGCAUGGAGCAGUUCAGCACGGCUGUCAUCAUCUUGUGUCUGCUGGCCAUUGGCAGCUCAUUUGCCGCAGGUAUUCGGGGCGGCAUUUUUACCCUCGUAUUUGCCAGACUGAACAUUCGCCUCCGGAACUGCCUCUUCCGCUCGCUAGUGUCCCAGGAGACGAGCUUCUUUGACGAGAAUCGCACAGGGGACCUCAUCUCCCGCCUCACCUCGGACACCACCAUGGUCAGCGACCUGGUCUCUCAGAAUAUCAACAUCUUCCUGCGGAACACAGUCAAGGUCACGGGCGUGGUGGCCUUCAUGUUCAGCCUCUCCUGGCAGCUCUCCUUGGUCACCUUCAUGGGCUUCCCCAUCAUCAUGAUGGUGUCCGACGUCUACGGCAAGUACUACAAGAGGCUGUCCAAGGAGGUCCAGAGUGCCCUGGCCCGGGCCAGCAGCACCGCCGAGGAGACCAUCAGUGCCAUGAAGACCGUCCGGAGCUUCGCCAACGAGGAGGAGGAGGCCGAGGUGUACUCACGCAAGCUGCAGCAGGUGUACAACCUCAACAGGAAGGAGGCGGCCGCCUACACCUACUACGUCUGGGGCAGCGGACUGACGCUGCUCGUGGUCCAGGUCAGCAUUCUCUACUACGGGGGCCACCUCGUCAUCUCGGGGCAGAUGACCAGCGGCAACCUCAUCUCCUUCAUCAUCUACGAGUUUGUCCUGGGAGACUGUAUGGAGUCAGUGGGUUCUGUCUACAGCGGCCUGAUGCAAGGCGUCGGGGCUGCCGAGAAGGUGUUCGAGUUCAUUGAUCGGCAGCCGACCAUGGUGCAUGAUGGGAACCUGGCCCCCGACCACCUGGAAGGCCGUGUGGACUUUGAGAACGUGACCUUCACCUACCGUACUCGGCCCCACACCCAGGUCCUACAGAAUGUCUCCUUCAGCCUGACCCCAGGCAAGGUGACUGCUCUGGUGGGGCCCUCGGGCAGUGGCAAGAGCUCGUGUGUCAACAUCCUGGAGAACUUCUAUCCCCUGGAGGGGGGCCGCGUGCUGCUGGACGGGAAGCCCAUCGGCGACUACGACCACAAGUACCUGCACAGAGUGAUCUCCCUGGUGAGCCAGGAGCCCGUGCUUUUCGCCCGCUCCAUCACAGAUAACAUCUCCUACGGCCUGCCCACCGUGCCCUUUGAGAUGGUGGUGGACGCCGCACAGAAGGCCAACGCCCACGGCUUCAUCAUGGAGCUGCAGGAUGGUUACAGCACAGAGACGGGGGAGAAGGGUGCCCAGCUAUCAGGCGGCCAGAAGCAGCGGGUGGCCAUGGCUCGGGCUCUGGUACGGAACCCACCCGUCCUCAUCCUGGACGAAGCCACCAGCGCUCUGGACGCAGAGAGCGAGUACCUGAUCCAGCGGGCCAUCCACGGCAACCUGCAGAAGCACACGGUGCUCAUCAUCGCGCACCGGCUGAGCACGGUGGAGCGGGCACACCUCAUCGUGGUGCUGGACAAGGGCCGCGUGGUACAGCAGGGCACCCACCACCAGCUGCUGGCUCAGGGCGGCCUCUACGCCAGGCUGGUGCAGCGGCAGAUGCUGGGGCUCGAACCUGCCCCGGACUACACGGCCAACCACAAGGAGCUGGCCAGCAACGGCGGCCACAAGGCCUGACAGGCAGCCCUGCCUCCUGUGGGGCGGCAGGGGCCCCGGUGCCCGCCUGGCAGACAUGUCCAUGGGACCCUGGCAGCCCCCAGCUGCCCUCUGAGCCCAGGUCCAGGUGGAGGGCCACCUGCCAUGUCCCGUGUAUCACUGCUUCCUGCGUUGUGCCCUGGUCCCUACCCUGGUCCCCAGGACCACCAGCCCCUCUGCCAUGAGCCAUACCCUCCA